UAGCGCCUUUUUUCUAAGCUGCGUUAGAGUCAUCAUGAAAAAAACUGUUUUUUUUUGCUCUAACUUUUAUAUUUCAAAUUCUACAUACACACUGUCUUCGAAAGACUUUUAGAGCUUACUAAUACAAACAUUUUGCGAUGCAGAACUUGUCAAUAUCUCAACUUCACUUAAAGUUAUUGAUAUUUCUUCCCCAAAAAUACGCUCUCUUCAAUUGCUUGCCAUUCUUUCUGGGGCAAACAUAAAAAAUGUUUGUUGACGGAAUUUGAAAGAAAUUUCACUCUUUAUAAUAUGUGAUUUUCAAAUGUAUGUUAUUUUUUGUAUUUGAGUAAAUUAAAAUUAAAAUCGUGAAUUUUUGGGUGAAAACAUAUCAACAACUUUGAGCAGGAUUAAGAUAGUGACGAAUUCUGCAUCGCAUAAUAUUGGUAUUAAUAAGCUCUAAAAGUCGUAAGAAGACAAUUUUGAUAUAGAAUUUUAAAUAUAAAAGUUAGAGAAAAAACCGGUUACCCUAAUGCAACUAAGUUAAAAAACAACGUUGAAGCAAAAAAACAUCUUUGACCGUAUCGACGCAUGUGAAUCGCUGCUGAAUUGCAACAAAAUCGACCCGUUUCUGAAGCGGAUGGUGAUUGGCGAUGAAAAAUGGGUCACUUACGACAACGUGAAGCGCAAACGGUCGUGGUCGAAGCCCGCUGAAGCGGCUCAGACGGUGGCCAAGCCCUCAUUAACGGCCAGGAAGGUUCUGCUGUGUGUUUGGUAGGAUUGUCAAGGAAUGAUCUAUUGUGAGCUGCUUCCCUAUGGCCAAACGCUCAAUUCGGACCUGUACUGCCAACAACUGGACCGCUUGAAGGUAGCACUCAUGAAGAAGAGGCCAUCUUUGAUAAACAGAGGCCGCAUUGUCUUCCAUCAGGACAACGCCAGGCCACACACUUCUUUGGCAACGCGCCAGAAGCUCCGGGAGCUCGGAUUGGAGGUUCUUUUGCAAAUUGGCUAUCCGAGUUUUUUGCCAAUAAGAAAGCGAGCUUCUAUAACAGGGUACUACUAUGACAAAGGCAAAAAUGCAUCUCAAGUUGCCAAUAAAAUUUGUGCAGUUUAUGGACCCGAUACAGUUUCCAUUUCCACCGCACAACGAUGGUUUCAACGUUUUCGUUCUGGUGUAGAGGUCGUCGAAGAUGCGCCACGCUCCGGAAGGCCUGUCGUCGAAAAUUGCGACAAAAUCGCUGAAUUAGCCGAGAAAGACCGGCAUAGUAGCAGCCGUAGCAUCGACCAAGAGCUGGGGAUAAGUCAUCAAACCGUUAUUAACCAUUUGAAGAAGCUUAGAUUCACAAAGAAGCUCGAUGUAUGGGUGCCACACACGUUGACGCAAAAAAACAUCUUUGACCGUAUCGACGCAUGUGAAUCGCUGCUGAAUCGCAACAAAAUCGACCCGUUUCCGAAGCGGAUGGUGACUGGCGAUGAAAAGUGGGUCACUUACGACAACGUGAAGCGCAAACGGUCGUGGUCGAAGCCCGCUGAAGCGGCUCAGACGGUGGCCAAGCCCUCAUAAACGGCCAGGAAGGUUCUGCUGUGUGUUUGGUGGGAUUGUCAAGGAAUAAUCUAUUAUGAGCUCCUUCCCUAUGGCCAAACGCUCAAUUCGGACCUGUACUGCCAACAACUGGACCGCUUGAAGAGGCCGCAUUGUCUUCCAUCAGGACAACGCCAGGCCACACACCUCUUUGGUGACGCGCCAGAAGCUCCGGGAGCUCGGAUGGGAGGUUCUUUUGCAUCCGCCGUAUAGUCCGGACCUUGCACCAAGUGACUACCACCUGUUUUUGUCCAUGGCGAACGAGCUAGGUAGUCAGAAGUUAGCCACAAAAGAGGCCUGUGAAAAUUGGCUAUCCGAGUUUUUUGCCAAUAAGGAAGCGAGCUUCUAUAACAGGGGUAUUAUGAAGUUGGCAUCUCGUUGUCAUCGAACAAAGCGGCGCAUAUUUGACUUAAGACAGAUGAUUGUAACUAAUUUUAUGAACAAAUGUAAAUUCAAAAAAAAUACCGCAGGACUUUUUUGAUAGCCUAAUAUAAAAAAAAUCAAAUUGUAUCUGUAAACUGUAUACUGAGUUAGAAAUUGAAUAAAAUCGAGUACAUAUAUUAUAUUUUAAUGUUUAUGAUUUUUUUUAAAUUUGUCCUCAUCAAAUAGUUUUAACGGUCAUAACUAUUUUUGCUGCCACUCGACAUUAUUCAGUUGAUUGGUUGACUGAUUGAUUAACUGGAUGUGAAUAACUCUACACAACCCACAUUAAUGGCAUCCUCCCAGACAGAUAUGCAUAUUGAAAUCGAUUUAAAUUGACCCUGUUGCUUCAGGUGAUACGCAGGCUUCUGCAAUGGCACGAGACAUACACACGAUUUGCGUUAAUAGCAAACCCAUGAACGUCAUUAGUGAUUAUCAUUCCAAUAACGCGCCAUAAUACAGUUAAUCAGUGAACACGCUUUUACUCAUCCUUUUUUUUCUUAUUUCU